AUAAAACUCGUUUGGCCGAUUGCCGGAGACAAGGAAACAGUGACCCCAAUACUCCGUAGAGUUUCCACCAGAAUCGGAACGUUUGCCGGCGAUAAACCCCGCCGACGGGGUGAGGUUCUGCCAAUGCAAGCCCUAGGUUAUAAUCCCCGGUUAAUCAGCGUACUGAGCCGCCCUUCGUCGCGUCUCAAUUUGCGACCAUUCUCUUCAUCGUCGUCCUCGGAUUACUCCGACCAGUCACGCGGAGGCCUUCCUAGAUUCUUCUCGGAAACCCUACCCUCUUUGAAGGCGCGAAAGGUGUUGAUUGGUAAGGAAGCUACUUUUAACUUUUUGAGAACUUCACUUGAAAAUUUGCAGGGAGGCAUUGUGCGUGUGAAAGGUGAUGAGUUCUGGCACAUGACCAGGGUUUUACGGCUUGGAGUUAACGACAGGGUGGAACUAUUUAAUGGAAAAGGAGGUCUGGUUGAAGGGCGCAUAGAGAAGAUUGACGUUGCAGGGGUAGAUUUGGAAGCAACAGAGAGCCCAAAAUUAGUUUCUCCACAAGCGACACAAUGGCAUAUUUUUGCUGCGUUUAGCACUCUCAAGGGGGGCCGUGCUGAUUGGCUUGUUGAGAAAUGCACUGAGCUUGGAGCAUCCAGCGUGACACCUUUGUUGACUGAGCGUUCUAAUUCUAUAUCAGAAAACAGAGUCGACAGGCUACAACGACUCAUUCUUGCCGCAACAAAACAAUGUCAGCGUUUGCAUGAAAUGAUAUUAAAGCCUCCUAUUACAGUGGUGAAUCUCCUACCUAUAGUAGGUCAGUCAAGAUUAUCACUGGUGGCUGUAGCUGAGGCUACUCCAGUUUUGAAUACUUUGAGGGUUUUAAAUAAAGAAACUGCGGGAAUCGUCAUAAUUGGGCCUGAAGGAGACUUUACAGAUAAGGAGUUGAUCUCAUUAACGGAGGCUGGUGCAACGGCUGUUGGUUUGGGCCCACAUCGCCUGCGUGUUGAAACUGCUACAAUCGCUCUUCUUUCAACCCUGAUGUUAUGGUCCGAUUCCCAAGAAGCUAUCAGCAACGAGUCACCCAUUUUCCCCCUUUCCCCCCACCAAACGCCGUCGUAUCGGCACACUCAUCACUCAGCUCCGCCGUCAAACUCCGAGCUGAAAGCUCCGUACAAAAAAAUGGCGAUCCAGCUGGAGAACCUGGUGGAGUCGAUAAAAUCGAAAGUCCGAUCUCUGAAGAAAUCGAAGAAGCCGUACGUGAAGAUGGACAAGAGCGCGAGCGUUAGAGUCGAGAUCCGCAGCCGCAAGGCCAAAAAGCUAAUCGACAAGACCCUCAAGGCCGCCGAUCGUCCCGGCAAGAAGCAUAUUCCCUGA